UGUGGUGGAACGAGGUUCGUAUGCUCGCCUCUUUCGCUUUCUCUUACACGAGCAGAAGGAUCCCGUGCUGUGGCGCCGGCGAUGGCCGCGAGGAGAAGCUGAUGGAUCAUGUGCUGCAGAAUGCCGAGCGGAAUCCAGAGUCUGUGAUCCAAACCAUGGAUGCGUUUGCGAAAUCGGGCACCUGGUUCAUGUCCAUCGGCGAUCGCAAGGGUAAGAUUCUCGAUGCCGCGCUCCAGAAGAGAAAGCCGGCGCUCGUGCUGGAGCUCGGAUCCUACUGCGGUUACUCGGCCGUGAGGAUCGCGUCCCAGCUGGCGAUUCCAGGCAGCAAGCUGUUCACUGUGGAGAUCAAUCCUCGCUAUGCCGACAUUGCCAGGCAGAUUAUCGAUCACGCAGGCCUGUCUUCUCAGAUCCAUCAGCUUCCGGGACCUUUGAGCAGUCAGAUCGAAGCUCUCCAGCUUGCGCUCAAGAGCUCCUCCUUAGAUUUUGUUUUCAUGGAUCAUAGCAAGGAUUACUACUUGGAAGACUAUCUACUGCUCAAGAACUUUAAGCUCAUUGGAGAUGGCUCUGUAGUCUUCGCGGAUAACAUGGGAUUCCCGGGCUCGCCACAGUUUUGGAACUAUCUCCACAGAGGGGAGGGCCAGGAGCUAGAAACGGAGUACCAUCAAACGAAGGUGGAGUAUCUUGACUGGAUCAAUGAUACAGUCGCCAUAUCUACCUUUCGUGGAUGAAUGUUCUCUAGGUAGCUACCUUUCCUUUUCGAUCAGCCUGCCAAAGAAAAAAAAAGAAAAAAGCCCAUCUCAGUCGUGAGUCGUGACUGAAGUUACUUAAAGGACAGUGGAGUUUUGGUCCCACAUAUUGCCAGCCUCUCGUGAGAAGGUUUUGAAAGGUUUCUCUCUGGAUCUGAUGUAUUUGUGAUUUGAGCAGGAAGGGGGGAUUGAGGGCUUGCACGUCAGUCAUGUGGAAGGGAGUCGUCACUUUCCUGUCGUUCGGAAAGUUCAUGGGGGGAUUUUUCUUCCAUGGCUGGGGUGGUGAUGGCAGGGAGGAACAGCUGCUGGAGUAUGUGCUAGAAAACGCGGAACGAGGUAACCCCCAGUCGGUUAUACAGGCUGUGGACGAAUUUGCACGCUCCGGCACCUGGUUUAUGAACGUUGGAGAGGAAAAGGGCCGCAUUUUGGACUCGUCAAUCGCCAAGAAGAAUCCUCAGCUCGUUCUCGAGCUCGGAACUUACUGUGGCUACUCGGCUGUGAGAAUGGCAGCAAAUCUCAAACACCCCGACAGCAAGCUGAUCUCGCUGGAGCUCACUCCUCACAUCGCUGACAUCGCUAGAAGGAUCAUCGACCACGCAGGGCUUUCGUCCAAAGUGGAGGUGCUGCUGGCGCCACUGAGCCGUCAGAUCGACACCAUAAAGUCGACUCUGGCCAAGACGAACGGGCAGUGCUUCGAUUUCGUGUUCGUGGAUCACGAUAAAGACUUGUACUUGCCGGACUACUUGCUGCUCAAGGAGAAGGGUCUCAUCGACGAAGGGAGCGUGAUCUUCGCGGACAACAUGGGGUUCCCAGGCUCUCCAAAGUUCUGGAGCUACAUCCAAUCGCAUCCUCAGGAGCUGGAGACCGAGGUCCACAAAUCUGCCGUGGAGUACAUUAGUUGGAUCCGCGACACAGUGACAGUCUCUACGUUCCACAAGCUCUAAGAGUCGAUAGCUAGUCAAAUAAUAGUCAACUAAGUUAAAUUAAUUUACAGUCCACUAAAAGAGUCAAAGAUAUUUUUCCA